AUAAAUCGUUGACCUGUUGCCGAGGCAGGAGCUAUGAGUAUUUGAGUACAUGUUACGAGCAUGUUUGGAGAGAUGAGAAGCAAGUAUUGCUGCAGUGAGCGAGCUCACCCGCGUUACUGAAUUGUUUCUUUAAAAGUAAUUCCAACAUAAGAAUGACAAAGUGGCCGCUUUUCCGUGGUAUGUUAUCACAACUUCAUCUGCUGCUGCUGCUACAACUGACACUGCAUCGCGGAGGAGCGCAUGGGUUGCAGUGGCUGCGGUUCACAGUGCCGCGCUGGGUGGUGGAGGGGGCAGACGUGCAGCUCACGUGUCAGUUCGACGUUGAGAAAGACAUGCUAUACUCGGUGAAGUGGUACAAGCAAGGCAGGGAGUUCUACCGCUAUGUGCCUGCUGAGCCUCGUAUGAAGCAAGACUAUCCCUUGCCUGGUGUCAUAGUCGACAAAGAGCGGAGCGGAGCCCAGCAGGUGACGCUGCGGUCCGUAGGGCGGGAGUCCGCGGGCCGCUACAAGUGCGAGGUGCUCACGGAGGCGCCGCUCUUCAGGACGCUUGUCAAGUCUGGCGAGAUGGGCGUCGUGCAACUUCCACGAGGACCUCUGACAGUGACAGGAGGUCAGGACGCCUACCAGCCUGGUACUAACGUUACUCUGAACUGCUCUGCACCGCACUCUCUGCCAGCCUCAGAGCUCACCUGGUACAUCAACGACCAGCAGGCGCCCCAGGAAUACCUGGUGAAUUACAGACCCCAGUACGACCCUUCAGGGGGCGUGUCCCCGCGUCUGGGGCUGCACUUCACCGCCCAGCGCUGGCACUUCCCCACAGGCGAGCUGCGCCUCAAAUGCACCGCGGCUCUGCACAGACUCUACACCGAGGAGGCUCUGCACAGGGGGGCGGCUAGUCCCCCAGACCCUGGUCUGCUAAUGACAGACGGCGCUGAUAAGAUGGAUAUCAGCAACAUCUUUACUUUGACCGCAUUGUUGCUGCUGCUGGGAUAACUCUUCGAUUCAGAUUGUGUUUAUUAUAAGAUGAAACUAGUUUCCAUUAACAGGCAAUGUAUUCAACAUGCGUCGUUGUUUAUAUUUCGUCUCCUAUAACGAACAAAUGUAGAAAAGCUCAGUAUUGUUGCUUGAUGAAACAAUUGACAGAAUCUACACAAUGUUUACACGUGAAAGAUUAAAAAACGGAUUUGAAACAGGAACAUUUUUUGGGCGGAUAUUUUUAAACCUAUACGAAGGUUUUUAAUAUAUAAAAUAUGUACUUUUUGAGAUUAAUUACGGAGAUUAUUAUUAAUUUCAUUUGCGGAGAUGGAUAAACAAAAUUUUGGGCUAAAAUAUCAGAGAAACGUAACGACCAUCAAUUACGUCGUAGAAGUUCCCUUGCAACCACCUCGACAGUUGAUCAUAUGAGAGUGGAGGACGUGUAAUAAUUUUGUCUCAGAUCAAUGCUCCAUUGAUGACAAAAUUUGAAAAGAAGAGUUAUGAAAAUUUAUCUGAGGCGAUGCAAAAAUCUUAUUCCGUUCGAAGAAGGAGCCUGCGUUUAUUGACUCAGAAACAGAAAUUAUUUCAAUAAAUUAGUAGAUCUCGAGCGGCUCUUCCAUUGAGUUUUUAUGACAAAGAACUCGAAUGCUUCAAUGCUGUAUUCAAGAAAAACCAAUUAGUGGAAUUCUAUGAAUUUUUUUUAUUCGCAACUUAAAAUUGUUUUCAUAUUCACUCAUAAUUUGGUGUCUAUUUCUUAUCGCAGAUAAUUCGCAAAGAAAAAUUGCAGUAUAUAUCUUUAAAUACAAUAAUUAUGCUCUGAUAAGAAAAUUAUUUUAUAAAUUUCAUCAAGACGAUCCUCUUUACGUGAUGAUCAGUCAAAAUGGCUAGGACAGAGUCGCUCAAUUUCUGUUCACACUGGUUAUAUGGCCUAUCGUUGUUACCUGUAGCUAAUGUGCUUGUUAUCUGUGUUACUUUAUAGCUUUAGCGGGUGUUCUUCGUUUGGAAAUAAAUUUUUAAGUCACUUCAACUUCAACUUUAACCGGCCGUGAAUCAGGAUUGAAAUUUCGCUAUAAACAAACUACAUUAAUAAAACCUAAGAAAUUUGAAAAAAGUUUGAGUUAAUUGAUGAAAAAUAAAAACGGAAGUUUGAGCUAGCUUUUAGUCUUUUAUCUUCUUUUUCUAGAAUUACAGAACGAAUGUACAUAGUCAAUUGUGAAGUAUCUUAGUGCAGAAGUAUGACGAAGUAGCUAACGAUAAUUAUCAUGUAUAUUCAUUAUAAUGAUUAUAUAUAUUCGGAACCUUCUGUAUUACUGAUGACGGGUGAAGUUAUGGCUCAGUAGAUUUUGAUGGAAACCUAUAGUAACAAUGUUUUCCCGAAAGAAAUGAAUGUGACUUAUAAAUUUUAUUAUUUACUUUCCUCUCUAAUAGAUUUAUCAAGGGCAAAAAUUGCAAUA